AUGGACGAUCACAACAGAAUUAUCUCAGUUCGACAAGGACGGCACCGUAUCCCCGCUAGUUUGCUAGCAGUGGGAGUCCGGGUCUCGUAUGGGUUAUAUUGGAGGAAGAUGGCGCCAGGGCAGCAUACCUUGCAGGAGCUGCAUGAGCAGGACUGGCACUCGCCAGAGCAGCAGUUGCAGGAGCAGGGAGACAUGAUGAAUAUAGAUGUGAUA